UAUGUAUAAUUUCUUCACCUGUAUACUCGUGCGUGUAUAUAUCACCUGACAAUAUCUUGCUUGAUUUCAGAAAAUAAGAUAACGUCAAUAUAUAUUUUUAUCGGUGAUUUAAUGUAUAUCAACUUCCUCUCUUAAGGAUGAGAACGACAUUUGACAAAAUGAUGUAUAUUUUCAUAGCAAUUUAUUUGUCUGUCUGGAUUGUAAAUGGCUGUAGAGUGGGAUUCUAUGGAGACCACUGUAACAUUCUGUGCCCAAGUCAUUGUGCAGGGAAUGUGUGUGACAACGUGACGGGCACCUGUUUUAAUUGUACAGAUGGAUGGACCGGAAGUGUGUGUAUCUCACCUUGUCCAAUAAAUACAUAUGGUAGAGACUGUAGAAUGGUAUGUAGAGGACACUGCAAGCAUGGAUGCAACCACGUGACAGGAACAUGUGAUAACGGAUGCGAUGAUGGAUGGCAGGGAAAGGACUGUACAAAAGAGUGCGCUCCAGGUACAUACGGGGGUGAGUGCAAUACCACGUGUGGACACUGUAGAGCUGGUGGAAGAUGCUUUCAUAUUGACGGGAGAUGUCCUAAUGGAUGUGAUCCUGGUUUUGAAGGGAAACGAUGCGAUGAUGUUUGUGCAGUCGGUCACUACGGUGAUGGAUGUUCUCGGCAAUGCAAUGCUACAACUUCUUGCGAUCACGUGACAGGCAUAUGUUGCGGUAUUCCGAAUACAUGCUCAACUCAACAUUGUAAAUUCGGUGGCGGUUUAGUAGCUGGGCUGUCAGUCUCCUUUGUUGUGUCUGUGAUUGUUAACGCUGCACUUUCGUAUAAAAUAUUCAUGGUUUAUUGCCGGGAAUAGUGAAGACAAAACAUCAUUUUUUUCAUGCACCACGUCGACUGUUUAUAUUAUGAUUUACAAUCUUUCAGAGUCUGUCAAUUUAGAUUAAAUGAUAAUGUUUUUUUAAAUACA